CCCUCUUCAGGGACAGCCAUCGCCGACUUCCGCUCCGCCCUCAUAGUCUGCGCAUCCCCAAACACGCUCCAAAAACAGAUGCCGCCCGACUGCUUCGUCGCAGAUGCCGCGGCCGUGCAGCAGCGCAUCGCUCAGGGCUCGGACUACAUCAAGAUCAUCGCCGAAGUCCCAGGGCAGAGCCGCGAGCUUAUGACGGCCCUCGCGCGCUCCGCGAAGGCGCACGGCAAACUAUGCAUCGCGCACGCGAUCCAGGCUGAGGCGUACGCGCUCGCGUAGGACGGGGGCGUGCCCAUCCUCACGCACGUGCCCGUCGACGUGCCGCUCACGCUCGCGGAGGCGCGCCGGAUGAAGGAGGGCGGGCGCGUCGCGGUGCCGACGCUAUCGGGCAUGCAGCUGUUCGCACAGACGUCCGAGGGGAAGCUCAAGUACGAGUAUGCACUCGAGAGCGUACGGGCGCUGCAUGCGGCAUGCGUGCCCAUCGUAGGUGGGACGGACUCGUUGUAUAUGGAGGGUAUGCACGAGCACAACGCCCAUGGCGAGAGCUUGUCGCGUGAGCUCGAGCUACUUGUUGAUGCUGGUUUGUCGACCCUCGAGGCGCUUCGUUCUGUGACCGCACUUGUGGCUGAGCACUUUGAGCUGAACGAUCGCGGUGCGAUCCAACCUAGCUUGCGUGCUGACUUGCUCAUGGUCAGAGGGAACCCGCUGGAGGACAUCAAGGCUGUAAAGAACGUCGAGGCUGUGUGGUGCGCGGGUAAACGCGUGGAGCUCAAAGCAUAAGUCCGGGGCCCGUGAAGCCGUCACAAACGAUUGUAUGAACCUUUGCCAGAUCUUCCUCUCCUCUCAUUCACCUCAGUUACCUUCACCACCUUCCUCCACGCUCCACCAGCGAUACUAGACUAAAGUUAAACACUUAUAUUAAUUUGUAAUAAUCAUGUUCAAGUAUGCAAUGCAGACCUCCACUUUCCAGCUCGCGUUUUCACGCACAGACCCAUGUCUUGACUGGCUCUAUGCGUCCACCGAUCUGACCUUGUUCCAGCAUCAUGGCGAGAUCUAGCUCGUCGAAUGUGGGCCCAAGCUGUGCAUGGCUCCGCAUGAGUGACUUGGUCGUGUCAAACCAUACCGGAUCGUCGCGUCUAGUCAGGAGAGGCCAACGCCGUGGGUCGACCGUCCAUCCGACGGACGUCUCCACUCGGAACCUAGCCUGGAACUUGUCUUCCCCUGGCUUGAGCCCAACGAUGACGGCCGUUCGGAUUCUGCUCGGAAUACCGACCAGCCCAUCCGGACUAUGCUCAUUCUCCACGACCGACCACACAAUCCUCGACGGCGGCUGCCCACGCUCGCUAGCCUCCAUCACGAGCCUGCUCCCCUUCAUCGCCUCCUCCUCCCUCGACAUCUUGGGCGUUACACUCGCCGAGAUGAGCGAGUUCCCGAUGCUGAUUGGCACGGACAGCUGGCGCUUGUAGGUGACCUUGGAGAACGAGAGCAUGCCGUACGCCUUCUCUGGCGCGUACGACAGGAUCUCGACGGGGCGCGGCUUCGCACGUGGCUUAGCUGGGUUCGGCGGGAGGGUGAACUUGAUCUCGAUUGUCG